CGUGGAGCGUGACAGUUCCAGGUUCGCGUGAAGUUGCAGAAACCUUCGCGGAAGAAGCGAUGAGCGUUUCGGCGUAACUUAGUUUUACGAAUGGUUUGUAUUUACAGCCUGUUUUAAAAAAGUAAUUAACGCAGCUGCUUUCGAGAUGUUUUCUCUAGGGAGUAACGGUGGAAAAUAUACAAAGCCUUCGUUUGUUUCCUAUGUUAAUCCUGAGCAGAAAGGAAACGAUGCACUGCAGGAAAAAAAUCCAGUUUUUUUGCCAGGUGAAGUAGUAUUUUGCAGUGCCAGUCCUGUGUUAAAGUGCACCCACGAUGAUCUGCUUGAGGGCAGCAUUAUGGGUACACUGUUCUGCACCAACUUUCGCAUUUCAUUUGUCAGUGACCAAGUGCUCUUAGAGGAUGUGGUUCAGCCUUUCAGAAACAGGUUAUAUGGAGAAAAUGAUAUUCCCCUGACAUGUGUUGAUCAGAUCUAUGGAGAUUAUGAUGAAAAAAGGAAACUAAUAACAAAUACUCAAAUGAAGAAUAAACAUCCCAACGGGAUUAUUGUUCACUGUAAAGACUUGCGGGUCUUUCAGUUCUCGCUCAAGUUAGCCAAAGAAGAGGCAGCAAAAAAGAUCUUUCAGGGUAUCGUCCGCCACAGUCUAGAGCCGAAGUCACUCAGAUGCAUUUUUGCAUUUUCCUACUGUGAAAACAUCGCAGGAGCUCCAGAAACGCAAAACAAACCAAGGACACUGAUGUUUGAGAACAUUGUUGAUUGGAUGGAGGAAAUGAAGAGAACCAAAGGAAACUGUAAAUUACUGGAAAUAAAUAAAGAUUUUACAAUUUCACAAAAGGUUUUAUUUGACAGGCUACCACAAUUUUUCUUUAUUCCAACAAAUGUUUUGGAGAAGGAUUUGGCAGCAUAUCAGGGGAAAGGUGUACCCAUUUGGUGCUGGUCUCACCACAGUGGCUGUGCUCUGUUUAAAACUGCCAGUUUACCUUUGGUGCAGGAGGAGAGUUUCCUACGGGCACAAAAACUGUACAUGGAGAGAAUGCUGAAUGCUGUGGCUCACAAUUACCUUUAUGCUGUAAAAGCAGUGGACCUCUCUGAGACGCUUCCCAGCAUCCAAGACAUCCAGCAGUCCUACAGCAGAUUCAAGCAGAACUUCCUCAUUGACAAUAUUGGUGAAUUUUGGAUUUCUGAUAUGAAAUGGUUCUCUACACUGGAAACCACAAGAUGGCUCAGCAUCAUCAGGCAGUGUCUUCAUAAAGCUGUUGAGGUUGUUGAAUACUUGGAAAAGGAAAAUACAAACAUCCUUCUUAUCGAGGAUGGAGGCACAGACCUCAGCUGUGUGAUCUCCAGCCUUGUCCAGCUGAUGCUGGACCCUCACUACCGAACACUGACAGGCUUCCAGAGUUUGGUGCAGAAAGAGUGGGUUGUUGGUGGCCACAACUUUCUGGAGCGCUGCAACCAUCUAAACAAUAAGGACAAGGAGUCUCCGGUAUUCCUGCUUUUCCUGGAGUGUGUUUGGCAGCUUCUUCAGCAGCACAGCCUGGCAUUCCAGUUCUCAGAAACCUACUUGACGGUCCUCUCUGACAGCAUCAGUGUCGCCAUAUUCAGCACAUUCAUCUUCAGCUCACCCUACCAGAGAGUCUCCAGCAUGAAGACUGAGUCUCAAACACACGGAAGCCUAUUAAACAUUCCCUCUGUGUGGGACUGGUCCUUGCAAUUUGACUGCAAAUCCCAGGAGUUUCUCUUUAAUCCAUUGUACAGAGAGAAGUCAAAACAAGAGAAAACGCGUAACAAAAAUCAGCGUCCUAAGCCCAUAAGGCAGUUGUCUUUACCCAAUGCAACUCCUCCAAAAAAAUACUUUUUCAAAGAAGAGACCGAAAGCCUGAGGAAGAUGCUGAGGGGAACACGGAUCAGUCGCUGGAUGCACUUGUCUGACUCAGCCCAAGCUUCCGUAUGGGAAUUCUACAACGCUUGGCAGCAAAAGCCUCUGGACUACCACGGGCUGCUUCUGCCUGACCUGGAUGGACCCGCCAUCCGGCUGUGGAUGCAGCGCUACCUCCGCUGGAUCCCAGAAGUGCAGAUCUUCGGGGGUGGGGAUAUUACCCUGGUGAAUAAGAUAACGAGCCUAAGUCAGGAGCUGGAGGAGCUCCGCAUGGAACUGGAGCAGCAGGUGCGGCAAGCUGACCCACGCUGCAAGAGCACAGAGACUGUCAACAAGAGCACCAUUCGUAUGUCUUGCUUCUUCCCUUUCGCCUCCUGUCGCUCUGGGUCCUUCAAGCCUGCUAUACCUACCAGCCAUUGUGAUGGUGAAAUGGACAUGGGUCAUUUAGCUGAGAGGGAGGAUGAGGACACGGAACUCACAGACAACAGUGUGAUCAGAGGAUGUGCAGACUGAAGCUGAGCAUUUACUAGUGUAGCAACAUUGCACCAGAAAAUCAACAUCAGGGAAUCAAUUCAUAUGCAUACUUUUUGACCAGCAUUAUAAUAAUUAUGAUGUCAUUAUUUUUUUCACAGUAAUUUUGAGAUUCUUUUUUGUAUGCAGUAUUUUUGCUAUAACUUUUAAUGCAGAGGUCAGAUACUUAAACUGUGCAGGCUGUCAUGGACUUUUAUGGAGAGUGGGGAAUAUUAUUUUUCAGUGUCACCUUUAAUAUAGAAUAUGUUGUACAUUUUUAAAAAAAUAUGCAGUAAUAAUUAUUGAAAGAGUGGAUGACAGUGUCAAAGUAGCUCCAUGUUGCGCAAAUCAAUAAUUAUUAUAAAUUAUUUAGCCAUCUGUAGACUUGCAGGAUUAAACAGCUCUGUACUCUAUAUUGCACUGAACAAACCUUGGUAAUACCUCAUUUUCUCCUGUGAUUCCUUGAUUGGUUCAAUCAGUCAAGAAAUAUGAUGUCAAAAUGCUCCCCUUUAAAGUGACUACUGAAUGCAGCAAGGGCAGAACUUACAAAUGCUGUUCAAGGAUAAACAAAAACAGAAACAAUAGGUUUGAGUAGUAAAGCUGAUUGAUAACAUUUUUUCAUGUAUCUCUGAGCAUCUUAGUGCCAAAGAAAAGCUGUGUGGUGUAAAUUAAGAGCUAAUCUUAAAACAUAUAUUUUAACUUGAAAUGUAACAUAAGAGUAGAUGAUGCUUUAUGAGGUUCAGUAAUAGAUCCAAACUUUGAGCACUGCAUAUUUGUAUAUUAAGCUUAAUUAAUAACAUUAAAAAAUAUUAGAAUUCUACUGUCAUUGAAUCAUGAACUACUGGAUUUACAAUAUCUUAGACUAAGCGUUGAAAUUAGUUUUUAAUUGAGAUUGUAUGUAAAUGUUUCUAAAUAUUUUAUUUCAUUUUUAAAAUAUGUGAAUGACAACUAUCGCAAAGAUUUUUCUAUGUAUGAAUAAAGAAGAAAUGUGCACCUUUA